CAAAAUUAGUAUCAGUAAUGAAUAGUGUUUUUUUUUUUAAUUUUACAUUUAUCAGUAAUAAAUGGUUAAAUAUACAAUUCGGCACCAGGACUGAACGUGCAACCUGACACGUGUCUUAAUACGGUGCUCACUUGGGUCGGGCUUUCCUCUCAUCCAGCGGCCGAUAUUUGAUCAAAUAAAGUACGUUCGUUUAGCAGCACCAUUCAACACGAGAUAUAUGAAGGGGGUUCGUCUGCACUUUUGGAAGUCAGGGAUUGAUCGCUCUUUCAACACACAAUCUUUUCAAUUUAUCAAAACUAUGAGAGCUUCUCUCAUCCGCACCGGGUCGCUGCCGAUCCCGAACCCGGUUUUCCACGGUUCACCUCGAUGUUCUCUCACGCACCAAACCUCUCUCCCCGGCGACAAGAGCCACGCGAAAUUUUCCACGAUUUCAAUGCACUAUUCCCACUUCAACGCCCGCAGGGACGCACCGCAGAAAGGGAUCAACAGAGCCUCAUCGGAAGGUGCCCCCGACAAUUUCUGCGUUCGCCGUAAUCUGAACUGCACCGGAUCGUGCUCGCCCCCGCCGAUCAUACCUCUAGAAGAACAAUUCUUCUCCGACGCCAAUUUACACAAGCCGAGCUAUCUCCAGACUCUACGGGAGGAUAUGCAAUCCGGAGGCGGUGUCUGUGACGAUCUCGGCGACGCGACUGUCACAGGCGGAAACGGUGGCGAGAGGAUGAAAAUCGAUGCGUACUACGAGGAGAUGUUGAAGUCGAACCCGACGGACGCGCUUCUACUGAGAAACUACGGCAAAUUCCUCCACGAGGUGGAGAAAGACGUGAAGAGAGCAGAGGAAUAUUACGGAAGAGCGAUUCUCGCGAACCCUAGCGAUGGCGAAUUGCUUUCGCUGUACGGAGCGCUAAUAUGGGAAACGCAGCGAGACGAAGCGAGAGCCAAAUCUUACUUUGACCAAGCCAUUCACGCCGCUCCUAAUGAUUGCACUGUGCUGGGAUCGUACGCGCACUUCAUGUGGGAAGCGGAGGAGGAAGAGGAACUUAACGGAAGUAUGACGGAGAAAACGGGGACGGAGAUGAUCGCUGUUAUAUAAUUAAGAGUGGCACCUCCUCUUUGUUAGUGUCGCUGAAUAUGGUGGUGUUCGUUCUAAAGGCUGUAACUUGUAACUUGAUUGAACAUGUGACAAGUUGUGAUAGGAUUAUCCCAACCUCCUCUGUUUUGUUAAUGUCUCCGAGCCUAUUGUUUCUGGGAGUGGCUCACAGGUCCGCAUGAAUUAUAGGAGGGACCCACAGAGAGUGAGUGAGUACAAAUUCUAAUACAAUUUUGAAUAUUAUUGUUGAGUUUUUGUAUAGUAUGAUCGGCUCAGUCAUGAACCGAGCAACUAACAAGCUUGUAUGUU